CUGUUAUCAUCAAUGCCAAAAUAGUAGAAAACCAAGACUAAUAGUUGAUUUAAGGGUGAAUCCAGCUUAGUGAAGUCCAAGAAAUGGAUAAAUUAACAUUAAUUUCGGGUACAUUAUUUCUAGCAGCUGAUAUGUUCGCAAUUGUGAGUCUUGCCAUGCCCGAUUGGAUUAUCACUGAUGUUGGUGGAGACACAAGACUAGGUUUAAUGUGGUCAUGCAUGACACUCUACAAUCGAUCACAAGUAUGUUAUACGCCCGAUUUGCAACCAGAAUGGUUAUUGGCUUUGGUGUGUAUAUUCGUAGGCUGUAUUUUGAUAACUACGACAGUCAUACUCCUAGCAAGUUCACAUUGGGAUAGAAAUGUCAUUCCCUAUGCGCGCUGGGUUGGAUUUACUGCAAUGGUUUUAUUCUGCUUAGCUGCUGUUAUAUUCCCUAUGGGCUUCCACAUAGACCAAAUUGGUGGUCAACCAUAUCAGUUACCAAACUCACAUCAAGUGGGAAUCUCGUACAUAUUAUUUGUUCUAGCUUUGUGGAUCACAGUAAUCUCAGAAUUAUUUGCAGGAAAAGUGUGCUUGCCGCAUUUUUAGCGCUAUUUGGUACUCCUUGUAUUAAUUAUAUUCAUCUUGCAAUUUUUGAAACUUUAUCGUGUGAAACUUUUUUAAAACUUUUUCGAGUUUGAAAAGUUGGGUUUGUAACAUUUUCAAGUAUGAAGUAUUUCAGUUUACAAUGCAUGAUGCUAAAGUCCUUUAUUUACCAAGUUUGUUAAUCACAAUGAGCUUGACCAAUUUUUUAAUUCAACUGACAUCACCCACGAUUUUUUUUAUUAUAUAUGAAUUUUCAACCCUUGAGAAGUAAU